AUGCAGACUUAUCGAAAGGAUCGCUUCCAAUGCUUCUGCCGAGACGAGCAGCUCCGGCUCUAUCCACUACAAACCACUUUAACAGGCGCUUACAACAUGGCGAUCUCUGUCUCGAUCUACUUAGCCACCUUGAGCCCGAGCGGAGCGAGUGGACGCGUGACGCAUUUGCUGGGUGUGAACGAAAUGCAGGAAGCGCAGCCGGCAAAUGCGCGUCCGCAUGCCGACACUGUUCUCAGUGGCCUUGGACCAGUGCCAGACGACGUGAGCUGCGACGACUCGGAGGAGGCAGGAAUGCAAAGCCCCUGUCAAAGCGCUCAUAGCUGUCACAGCGGCAAUCAGAAGAGUCCGAGGGCUUCUGAUUACCCGCUGAGACCAGAGCCACCGGCAGCAUUUCGGCAAUUCGAGCCGGAGGAGGAACUCCGAGCUUUGAUGUCGUUCUUGUGGCAGUGGCCUCUGCCAGAGAGUGGCAAAGGACUAUCACGGUCUCAUUGUUGCCAGACGCACCAAACCCUGGAUCGCGCUCGGGACGCCUUGCGAUACUUGCAGAAGCUGGACUGCCAGGACGUGCCAGCCUGCCUUGGCUGGCAGUGCCCUGCCUGCAAGCUGAAGGGCACGGAAAGCGACCGACGACGAUUUGACGAAGAGUCCUGGUGCUGCGGUGGCGGUGCCUCGCUGCAAAGUGCAGGGCUGAUGCUUAGUGCUGGAUGGCUCCAGGUCUCCAGUCGAUGCCUCACCGAAGGUGAGAGCUUGCGGACAAUCCCCUGUCGGCUUGCACGGCGACCUCUGAGGCAGAUGGCAAACUGGUACGGCAGCACAGAGCCCGUGGGUAAAGCGCAGCAGUCAGGAUGGUGGCGUGCCUUCGCAUCCGGGUGCAGCAACUUUUCUAUCCAGUACAAUUACCAAUGUGCAAGCAUUGCCCUGGCGGUGAUGUCUACCCACAAUGACCUCUAUGUGCAAGAUCCACUGGCAGCGGACUAUCCGCGGCCUCCCUGGGUCUCUCGCUCUCUGCUGGCCUUGGUCUUCGUGGGCUCCAUGGCAGGCAUGAUGUGCUUCGGAUACCUGGGAGAUCUCCUCGGUCACCGGCGAGCUCUCCAGGGGACCAAGGGCCUUGUCGUGCUGGGUGCUUUGCUGUGUUCCAUGCUGCCGGAAGAUUCUGGAGAUGAGUUCUGGCAUAGACUGGCCAUUGGUCGACUCUUGGUGGGGGUGGGCCUUGGGGGAGCCUACCCCCUGAGCGCAGCUUGUGCGGGUGCCUCUGGUACUUCGUCGGAGGUGGGUCAGGCGUUCUUCUGGCAGACGCCCGGUGGCGUAGCCCCGUACCUUGUCACGCUCCUCCUGCUGCACGUCCUGCCUGGAGCCACCUCCUGGCAGUUCCGGCUGGUGCUCGGUUUGGGGGCUCUGCCGGCCUUCCUGGCCCUUGCUGCCUCCUGGCGGGAGGAGUCAGCACCUCCAGUGCAUGCAGGAGGAGACCUCCGCCAGGCGCUGCAGAGCCACCAACGAACACUUGUUGGCACUGCUGGGACCUGGUUCCUAUUUGAUGUCGCUGCUUACGGCACCGUCAUCUUCACCCCUCGCAUCCUCAAUCAUGUCUUCGGUGAAAGCCAGUCGCUCACGCAGUUGGCUCUCCAUUCUGUCAUGAUGCUUUCUUUUGCCAUCCCGGCCACUUUCCUUGCGGUUGCAGUGCUGCCUCGCGUGGGCGCACGGACGCUGAAUGCACUGGGGCUGGCCAUGAUCUCCGUCUGCUUUGCGGUUUUUGCGGCCGUGUCGGCUGUGUUUCCAGAUGCGCACAAGGUCCUUUUCGCUGUUCUUUGUGCUCUGUACUUUGGCCUGAAUUUUGGGCCCAGCGUCGCCACCUUCGUGCUUCCGGUGGAGCUAGCGCCUCCGGAGUUGCGCAGCACCUUCCACGGCCUCUCGGCCGCUGCUGGGAAGAGCGGAGCACUCGUCGGAGCUCUACUUUUCCCGCUGCUGGACGAGACCUACGGGGUCUUGGCCUGGCUGGAUAGUAUCUGGAAGGAGUGUAGGCCGCCGCUGCAGAACUCUUGGAGGUGCGUACACACGCGGAAUUCAAGACACUGGCACCCUUGGUGGUCUUUCGCCUGGCCAUACUCGAUGGCAGCGCAGGCGUCGGCGCCUAGCACGUCGGCGACCAGUGCGGUCAAGGUGAUAUCAAAGACAUGGGCCAGAGACUCUCAUGACCUCUUCGACUUUGAGGCACAUCAGCUGCAUACGCAGACGUUUUCGGUGCCGAAGUCCACGGUGUGCAUGCGCAAUGGCACAGAGGUGCAGAUGGUCGGGGAGCGGGAUGCGCCGCCGGCAGGAGGAGAUCCUCUCCUGCGCCUCGUGCAGCGGGAUGGGACCUUCUGGGACAUCCUUGCACGGAGGCCGCGCGGCCCUCGAUUAUCCUCAUUUCUGGGACGUUCGGAGACGAGCUUCGAUGCGCUGACGAUCGAUACAGCCGUGCUUCCCUCAGAGAAGAUGCUAGACAUUCGAAAAGCCUGCAAGUUGAAUGUUGCCGAUCCACUUGAUCCCGCGGGUCCGGCCAAGAUCUUUCGAGACAACCUCGAGACAGGAGCACAGUGCGCGGAGAAAAUUGGUAGCAACCUUUUCACGGGCUCCCUCGGAGAGAGCUCAGGCACCAAAUUUAAGGGCGAAUUGCCCGUGGAGUUGGGAGGGCAAGUGCGAGAAGACGUGGAAGCCAUCCAGGACACAUGUCACGACUUCGCGUCCCUUCUUCUUCAUCGGCUGUCGCGCAAGGAAAACAAGUCCUUGAACAAGGUGGACGCUGUCCGUGUGUUGAAAUCCUUUGGCCGAUGCCUGGAAUCCAUGGGGCAGGGAACCACGCUGCUUGGUUGCCAGACGGGCGGCGCUGAGGGAGAAGAUGAAGCAACGUGCGAAAAGGAGGUUGACAAGGUCCAGCCGUCCAGCAACUCCAAGAAGCUGUGGCUUGUAGUGAGAGAUCUGGUAUCCAGCAGCCAUCGGCUGCAGGAGGGUGAUGUCAUCAAGCUGGGACGCUUCAAAUUCCGCGUUCGUCAGCUGGUGGCAUCCACCUACGGUGGCAUGCAGCCAGAACUUAGACAAGCCUGCUCGCUUUUGCAGCAAAGCAUUGCCAUGUUACGUGGCCGCGCGCCAGUGCUGGCUGCGCUGGCCGCCGUCUGGACAAGCUCUUCCAGUCGAUGUGUCUCGACUUGGGCAGCCCCUCACACCGUCUUUGGGUCGCGGCUUCGAGGACCAAAGCAGCUCCCCGUCGGCUUGCGCUACUGGCCCAAUUUCAUCACGGAGGCAGAGGAGGCGGAAUUGAUCCAGGCUGUGGAUGGUUCAGGAGCGGCCUGGUUGCGGAAGAUCCGCCGCGCGCAGCAAUUCUUUGGACUGGUUUACUACCAGACAUCCCAAUCCGUGCCGGAGUUGCAGCCGACAGCCCAAAGUUCUGCCAAGCAGCAGCGUGGUCGAGACCUCGAGGAGCUACCUAGCUGGCUGAUACCACGUCUCAGGUCGUCCGGACUGUUUUCCGAGCCUGGUCGAGGCAUCAACCAAGUACAGGCAAACGAGUACCUGGAGGAUAGCGGCAUCGGAGCCCAUGUUGAGGAUCCGGCUGCCGGAGAAACAUUGGUGACACUGUCCCUGCUGCGACCAGUACAGCUGACUCUCCAGAGGGCGGAGGAAGGUCGUCCUGUCCAUCGCGACAAACGAGAUCCGGAGGACUGCAUCAAGGUGCUCCUCGAGCCUAGAAGUCUUUUCCUGCUGGAAGGGGAGAGCCGUCAUGAUUUUACCCACGCAAUCCGCCAGUCGAGACGAGUGCCUCUACGCGACGGCAGUGUUGUCAUCCGAGACGGGAGCUUCCGAAGGGUCUCUUUGACUUUUCGAGGCAUUGUCGAAGACAAGCGGAGCUCAACUCGCUCGGACAUGCCAACUGGCUAUGAGACUUACGUCGUGCCGAAGGAAAUCCUGCGGAGCCAGAGCGCAAGAUGA